UGUUGGUUACAUUCUGGCUGAUGCACUCUGUUGUCUGCUUGCUCCACCCAGAAAACAAUCUUGGAAAGGUAAUGCAGAAAGGCAUUUGCCUGGUUGGGAUGAUGGGUUCAACUUCCAUGGUACUGCAGGUGCCAGCAGCAGUGGACGAAGGGGAUGGGCGAGUGGGAGUAGUUGGCCCCUUCCAGUCUAAGGGUUUUAUGGAAGGACUCGAACAAUGGGAGCUUAUAGUGAUGCCAGGACGACAUCUUGUACUUAUUAGUACUUAUUUUUGGAUAGUUGGAACUAAAAUGUGUAGUGGGAGUAGUUGGUUAUUCCUGUAUUAUUAA